GCUGCCUUCAGCUCAGGUCAUGAUCUCAGGGUCCUGGGAUCGAGUCCCGCAUCGGGCUCUCUGCUCAGCAGGGAGUCUGCUUCCUCCUCUCUGCCUCUCUGCCUACUUGUGAUCUCUCUCUGUCAAAUAAAUAAAUAAAAUCUUUAGAAAAAUAAAAUAAAAUAAAAUGAAGGUGUCCUGGUGGGGGAUGGGGCAACUGGGUGAUGGACAUUGAGUGCACGUGAUAUAAUGAGCACUGGUUAUUAUAAAAAACUGAUAAAUCACUGAAAUCUAACUCUGAAACUAACAAUAUAUUACAUGUCAGUGAAUUGAAUUUAGUUUAAAAAAAUAAAUAAAAAUAAAUAAAGUAAAAUGAAACUUUCACAGAGGCAGGAAUGGUUAGUUAGCAGGAAAAAGGAAGAUUAUUUUUAUCCUGACAAGGGAGGAAACUUUCACAGUAGUAAUUUAAUCUCCUGCUUUUAACAAAAAGAAGAAUGAAUGCCCCUUGCCCCAGCAACUACACCCUAACCAGGGCAGAGAGCCAAUGGAAAACUGUCACAACUGGAAACUCUUGGUCUUCAAUGAAACUAUUUUCUUUAAGGAUUUUAUUUAUUUCACAGACAGAGAUUACAAGUAGGCAGAGAGGAAGGCAGGGCAGCGGGGGGAAGCAGUCUCCCUGGCGAGUAGAGAGCCUGAUUCGGGGCUCGAUCCCAGUACCCUGGGAUCAUGACCUGAGCUGAAGUCAGAGGCUUUAACCCACUGAGCCACCCAGGUACCCCUUCAAUGAACUUUUAUUGAAAGCAAACCUCCCCAGUCUCCUAAAACCUAAUAAAAGCAGACUUUCCUUCUGUUUCUUCAGACUUUCCUGUGGUUUGCCCUACUGUGCCUAUCCCCAGUUAAAAUUCCUGUCAAUUCCUGAAUAAAAUCCUGUUUACUAGUAAAAUAAGUGGCCAUUUAUUUUUUAAGGAUGACAGCAUUGCUUAAUAUUUUCAGGAAUGAAAAAGUUACAUUGUGGAGACAGAAGCCCUCAAAAUGAAUAAGUAUAUUGGUCUAGCAGAGUCACGUUCUCAAUUUUAUUCCGUCUUUUUUUAGACUUUUUAGAGCCUUCUCUAAAAGUUCUCUGAGAUCAUAGCAUUUUUUAAGACUUUAGUGAUGGGUAGGGAGAUGAAAUAUGGGUUUCCCCGUAGCUAUUUCUGCCACUGUCUUUAAACAACUUGAUAAAGGUUAGAAACUGCUUUCCAAAAUGUGCAUUUCACCACUGUUUUCUGAGAUAACUUCAGUUGUUAAGCGACACUGCUACAGUGCCUGAAGAAAGAAGAGUCACUUCCCCACAAGAAGGUGAGAUCAUUGGGUUCAGACAAACCUUCAUUUCAGGCUCAGAUUCUCCCCUUGCACACUGGCUCCAACUGAAAAUGGCAACAUGUGUUUGGUACCAAAAACAGCAUUGGUCAAGUUGCACUAUGAUUGGGAUGAUAUCGGACUCCUAAAAGGAACUGGGUAUAUCUGAGACUAUGGACGAAGAAAUAUAUGGGUAAAAGUGUUCCUUCAUAGAUGGGACGCAAUCGCGAUACAGGUAAGAGAGGCUAAGUGUGGAACCAGAGGCUGACCACGUCACUGACCACAUCAUUCGGGGCAGCCUACCAUCCCUUGUCGUUCCUCCCUGACAUGCACCUGUAUGGGACGUAGAAAGGAAAGCACGGGCGCCAAAUGGAGUCACUUCUGCUGGGCCGUGUCACCAAACUAGCGCAUAAUGCCGAAGUUCACUGCACUUUUGACUUCCCCAGAAAUUCCGUUUCCACUGCUCAGUCAGGAAUACACCGGUCAGCACCAAAAAGGUAAUCUACAUGGAUGGGCCCUCCAUCCCCCAAAGAUAGAGGAUGGCUUCUCCUAAUGAGUCUUUUGUCCCCACAGUAAGGUGACCUCAUCUGACAUUAACCUUUUUUCUAUUUAUGAUGUUCUUGUCCUACCUUUAUUCCUUUAUAUUUUUUUUUAGAUUUUAUUUAUUUAUUUGACAGACAUCACAAGUAGACAGACAGGCAGAGAGAGAGAGAGAAAAGCAGGCUCCCCGCUGAGCAGAGAGCCCGAUGCGGGAUUCGAUCCCAGGACCCUGAGAUCAUGACCUGAACCGAAGGCAGCGGCUUAAACCACUGAGCCACCCAGGCGCCCUUGUCCUACCUUUAAAAACCUUUCCUUUCUGUAGCGCUUUGGAGCUGCCCUCUGCGUGCUGGACGGGGUGCUGCCCAACCCAGAAACUCAGGAAUAGCGCCGAAAGCCCCUCAGAAUGCACCGUGUUGAAGUUUUAUGAUUUAACAGGAAGGUUUCUAAGUUCCUAACGAACUAUGAACUGACUAACGCGCUGAAGGAUGCAAGCAUGAAGAGCAACAACAACUUUCCAGGUAGACAGAGAGACUCAUUUAUUUCAGAGGCGCCUCAAGGGAUGAUUUGUCAUUUACCUCAGCCACGGAAUUCGGGAGUAUCUAACGUAACGGUUUUCUCCUUUGGAAGAAGAUUGGCCUUCCUGGAGUCUUCUCCGCCUUAAAUCAGAACCAAAUGCGGUCCGGUACCUCUGAGGAGGGGCAGAACUUUCCGGAAUCCUUCAAGGUGAGACCUGACCGAAGCGCCGAACUCCAGGGUAGAAGACCCCUUUUCUGAGACCGCCCAAGUUCUGGGAGCCACAAAACCCGGAAGACCGUCGGCCCUGACGACAAAGCAAGGGGCCAAUGAGAGAACAGGACGGGACAUUUCUAGGCGUGCGCAUCCGCUAGGGCGGGACUUCCUGCCAAUUACGGCGUUCGGCCUCUCUCCCGUUUGUUUACUUGGGAGGGUUCGGAAACGCACUUUGUGAAGGGUGAUUAGUGGAGAAGACGUGAGGGGAGGCUGUUUCCUCCAAGACAGACUGGGGGCACGAGGCUCUGUGACAUCUCUCGAGUUGCCGCGUACCGGGGCUUAGACAAAGACUAAUGGCCCGGGUGUCCGCUCCCCUCCCUCAGCUCCCGGCUCCGCUUCGCCCACAGAGUCCGAUAGCGGCAGCCCCGCCCAGGGACUCGGCUGAGUGUGGUGUGACCUUUGAGGACGUGGCCGUGUACUUCUCCUGGAAGGAGUGGAGGCUUCUUGAUGAGGCUCAGAGACGGCUGUACCACCAUGUGAUGCUGGAGAACUUUGCACUUGUAUCGUCACUGGGUUGCUGCUGUGGAGCAGAGGAUGAGGAGGCCCCCUUUGCACAGAGCGCUUCCGUAGGCGUUUCACGGACCUGGACGCCCAGGGCUGCUCUGUCUUCCCAGAAGACCCACCCCUGUGAGAUGUGCGGUCCCGUCUUGAGAGACAUUUUCCACUUGGCUGAGCUCCAGGGGAAAGAAAACAGCCAGAAACGGUUGAGGUGUGGGGCCUGCGGGAAACGAUUUUCUUUCAGUGUGAAGUUGGAGCAGCAGCAGCAGCAGGAGCAGCCCGCGGGAACAAAACCAUUCAGAAGCCGUGUGGACAGGGCCUCUGCUGUCAAGAGCUGGGGAUCCGGUAGUUCAGGAAAGCCCUUUACCUGUGGAGAGGUUGAGAAGGACUUGCUGUCUGGCUUGGGGCUUCUGGGGCAAGAGGCCACUUGUACUGUGGAGAAGCCACACAGAAUCUCCCAGUGCAGGGCCACAUUACAAUGCGGAAGCAGUCGUGGCGCUAGGGGUAGAUGCGAGAACGCCUUUGGUCCCAAACACACGGAUACUCGGGAGCAGGGUGUCCACUUUGGUAGACAGUCCUUUGUGUGCAGUGAAUGUGGGAAAAUUUUCAGGUACAAGUCCUUAUUUGCCAUACACCAGAGAUACCAUACUGGAGCACGACAUCAUGAGUUUGGUCCAUGUGGAAAAUCCCUUGGGCAACGACCAACCCUGAAUGAACAUAGGAAGACUCAGCGUGGGUCUACGCAGUACAUGUGCAGCAAAUGUGGGAAAUCCUUCAGUGGCAAAUCUGUCCCCCUUCAUAUCCAGAGAUGGCACAGUGGAGGAAAGAGUUAUGUUUGUAGCGAGUGUGCAGAAUCCCUUAGUGGGAGCUCAUUGUUGAUUAGUCGUAGGGUUCAGUCUGGAGAACGUUUAUAUAAGUGUCGUUGCUGUACAAAAUCUUUUCCGUCUAUGUCUGCCCUUUCAUAUCAUCAGAGAUCUCACACAGGGGAAAGACAGUAUGAGUGCAGUGAUUGUGGGAAAUGUUUUACCAGUAGUUCGGUCCUCCAUUACCACCAGAGACUUCACAUUGGAGAAAGGCCUUAUGAGUGCGGUGGCCAGUCCUUUCUCCGAAGAAAUAGCCUCAGUGUACACAUAAAGUUUCAUUCAGGUGAAAGGCCUUUCAAAUGUAAUGAAUGUGGGAAAUCUUUGAAGUGUAAGUCAGCAUUCAUUAAACACCAGAGAAUUCACACAGGAGAAAGGCCUUAUGAGUGCAGUGAAUGUGGCAAGUCCUUUCUACGAAGAAAUACUCUGAAUGUACACAUAAAGGCUCAUUCAGGGGAAAGACCUCAUAAUUGUAAUGAAUGUGGGAAAUCAUUUAAGUUGAAGUCAACAUUCAUUAAACACCAGAGAAUUCACACAGGAGAAAGGCCUUAUGCUUGCAGUGAAUGUGGGAAAUCUUUUAUCUCUAGGACUGACCUACGGUAUCAUCAGAGAAUUCACACAGGAGAGAGACCUUAUCAGUGCACAGAAUGUGGCAAGUCCUUUUUCCGAAGAAAUAUCCUCAAAGUACACAGAAAGGUUCACUCAGGUGAAAGGCCUUAUAAGUGUAAUGAAUGUGGGAAAUCUUUAAAGUGUAAGGCAUCAUUGAUUAAACACCAGAGAAUUCACACAGGAGAGAGGCCUUAUGAGUGCAGUGAAUGCGGGAAAUCUUUCAUCACUAGUUCUGUGCUUCAUUCUCACCAGAGAGUUCACACUGGAGAAAGGCCUUAUGAAUGCAGUGACUGUGGGAAAACUUUUACCACUAGUUCUGUCCUCCGUGAUCACCAGAGACUUCAUACUGGAGAAAGGCCUUAUGAGUGCAGUGAAUGUGGGAAAUCUUUUGCCACAAGUUCUGCCCUGCAUUAUCACCACAGAGUCCACACUGGAGAAAGACCUUAUAAGUGCACUGAAUGUGACAAGACCUUUGUCCGAAGAAAUAGCCUGAGCGUGCACCUAAACGUUCACUCAGGUGAAAAGCCUUAUAAGUGUAAUAAAUGUGGGAAAUCAUUGAAGUGUAAGUCAACAUUCAUUCAACACCAGAGAAUUCACACAGGAGAAAGGCCUUAUGAGUGCAGUGAAUGUGGGAAAUCUUUUUCAGCUACUUCUGUCCUUCGUUCUCACCAGAGACUACACACAGGAGAAAGGCCUUAUGAAUGUAGUGAAUGUGGAAAAUCUUUUACCUCUAGUUCUGCCCUCCGUUCUCACCAAAGAGUGCACACUGGAGAAAGGCCUUAUGAGUGCCAUGAGUGUGGCAAGUUCUUUCUCCACAGAAAUAGCCUUAAUGUACACAUCAAGGUUCACUCAGGUGAAAGACCCUAUAAAUGUAAUGAAUGUGGGAAAUCUUUGAACUAUAAGUCAACGUUCAUUCAACACCAGAGAAUUCACACAGGAGAAAAACCUUACCUGUGCAGUGAAUGUGGGAAAUCUUUUAGUCAUAGCUGUGCCCUCCGGUAUCAUCGUCAGAGUCACCUUGGAAUAAGUCCCUAUGAUUGUAGUGAAUGUGGGAAAUCUUUUACCUCUAGUUCUGUCCUCCGUGAUCACCAGAGACUUCACACUGGAGAAAGGCCUUAUGAUUGCAGUCAGUGUGGGAAAUCUUUCACUGCUCGUUCUGUCCUCCGUUCUCACCAGAGAGUUCACUCUCGGGAAAGGCCUUAUGAGUGCAGUGAAUGUGGCAAGUCCUUUGUCAGAAGAAAUAGCCUCAAUGUACACAUAAAGGUUCACUCAGGUGAAAAGCCUUAUAAGUGUAGUGAAUGUGGGAAAUCUUGGAAGUGUAAGUCGACAUUCAUAAAACACCAGAGAAUUCAUAUAGGAGAAAAGUCUUUUGCUUGCAGCUAAUGUGGGAAAUCUUUUAUGAGUCAUGGUGCUCUUAGUCAUCAUCACAGAGUUCACAGUAGCAACAGGCCUUAGGGGUGCUGGUGUUGUGGGGAAUCUUUUUGCUAAAUCUUUAGUCUCCUUCAACCUGAGGAAAUACACAGGAAAUCGAGUCCUUAUGGGCAAUAUUAUGAACUGAAUGUUUAUGUUCACAAAAAUUGGUAUGUUCAACCCCUAUCCUCUAAUGCAGUAGGUUUAGCAUGUGAUGUCUUGGGAGAUAAUUCAUAGAUAACGUUUCAUGAAAAUCUGAAUUAGCCCUGGAGCAAGGCUUCAUGAGUAGGUGAAUGACACAAUUCCUUUAGCUGGUUAUCUAUUCAUUCCACACUUGAGAGUUCACACUGCAGAAAGAGUUAAAAAUAGCAUAAAAUGUAACAUUUCCUUCUUUAGAAUAUUUACUCUGGAGAAGAACCUUUUUGAGGAAGCCACCUUCCUGAAUUGAACUUUGUUCACCUGAAUCUCUACAGUGGAAUGACUUUGCAUAAGUUCAGCCUUUUGGCAAAAAAUUCAGAAGGUGUAUAUUGUGUUCUGAUGUGUCUGAAGUUAAUGCUAGAAGUCACUGCCAGAUUGCAUGGCAGAAGUCAUUUCAUCUCUGCCACCUGGAUGGUCCCAAUAAUGUAGAUCAGUCACCACCCAACAUGCUUAACAGUGCUGCUGUCCUUUGUCAUUUGCUGAUGGAAAUUACAGGUAAUUUGGUCUCUUCAUUUCCUUCUGAUUUUGGUCAUGCAUGUAACCCAGUGUUGACCAUCAGCACCUGAUCUAUGUUUUGGGCAGUUAGUUGCACAGGAAGACUAAAUCUCGUAGGGAGUUGUUGGUCUUAUAAUGCUUCUGAUAAAUCUUUGCAGCUUCCAAGCUGCAAUUUCAAUUGCAUUUCCAAUCAAUUUCCAAUCUGCAUUUCCAGAGGAAAUUUUUAUGCAUUAAUAUGUCCUUUUUAUUUAAUUACCUGUAAUUUUCGGUGUUGUGUUCAUUCUAAGGAGUGGUUUGAAAUCAGAAUUGGGCUCCCCACAUGUAGGAGUGAGCAGAUUUCAUUGCAUUCCAUGUUAAUUGUGUCCCAGAAUGGAUAUUACCUACCUGCAUACAUUACUAUUCUCCAACCUGGGCCUUAAUUUGCAUUAACUCUAAAACCUAUCUGAUGGGCUGAAUGUGCACUCACAAUUCACAUUUUGAAGUUAUAACCCCCCGCCAACCUCUCAACGUGACGAUAGUUAGACAUAGCAUCUUCAAAGACAUCAUGAAGUUGAAGUGGGUUAUUAGGAUGGACUCAUGCGGUAUGGCUGGUGUCAUAAGAAGAGGAGAUGAGGGUACAAGCACACCUGGGUGAUUGUGAAGAUGGCAUCCCCAUCUGCAAGCCAAGGAGAAAGGCCUCAGAAGAAACUAACCCGGCUGACACCUUAUGUUCAAUUUCAAGACUCCAGAUUGGGGUGAAAUAAAUUUCUCUUGUCUGGUCA